ACGGUGAUCAAAAGUGCUAGGAGCACUACCUACCUAAAUACUUUAUUUUUCACUUCUAAUUUAAUCAUAAUGUCGUAAACAAAUUUUGUUUUGGUUUGGUUUGAAAGGAUUUCACGGCGAAAAGCUUGUGAAUAUUUCGACUUAUGAAAUAUGUGCCAUAACUACAAAAGAUAAAAUGCCUCGAGAUAUUUUGAGCGACAGUGUAGCUGUUCUCAGCAUUGUAGAGCAUGAAGAUGAGGAAAACUGGCCUCUCGAGGACAAGGGGUCAUGUAAACCGAUAAACAAGAAGUCCCCUGCUGCCGUUACUAACAGCAAAAAAAGUUUCACUAAAGAUGAUUGUGCAUGCUACUAUAACUAUGCACUAGGCGAUGUACCAGCGAACAGACAGGACGCAUAUCAGUACAAGACCAACAGCCUCCCUGCAGCGGCUUCACUCAACCAAACCUGGGACGACGUCGUCUGUUCUGCCCUCAGAAUCUCACCAGAGGAUAUUGCCAACCAGCUGUCCCUACUGGACCUGCCGUGUUUCAAAGCCAUAAGACCGGAGGAGCUUACCACAUGUGGAUGGAAUAAAAAAAAUAAGCUGACGGAUGCGCCGAACGUAGUGGCGUUCACGAAACGGUUUAAUAGAGUAAGCUUUUGGACUGUGCAAGAGAUACUAAAUGGACAAUCACCGAAAGCGAGGGCCGAAACGUUGGCCCAUUUUAUAAAGGUGGCAAAAAAGUUGUACGAUUUGAACAAUUUGCACUCCCUCUUCGCCGUCAUAUCAGCUCUACAUAGCGCGAGUAUAUACAGGUUGACGAAGACAUGGGCCUGCCUGUCGAAGAAAGAUAAGCAACAGUUCGACAAGCUAGCUGAGCUGUUCGGCGAGAAAGACAAUUGGACCGCCCUGCGAGAAUACAUGAGGUCCAUACCCCUGCCGUGUAUACCAUUUCUAGGUAUAUUCCUCACGGAUCUAGUAUACAUUGACAUGGCGCACCCGGCCAACACGUCACCGCACCGAGCGUCCAAGAUGGCCGUCGUCCUGACAGCGCUAGAACGCUACCAGCAGUCAGAGUACGACAUUUUACCACUACCACAUGUCGCCAAGUACCUGAACAGCGUGCGGUACAUAGAAGAGCUGCAGAAGUUCGUUGAAGACGACCAGUACAAGUUAUCACUGAAGCUAGAGCCACCAUCUCCGAUAGGUAGCUGUGCCGGGUCCAAGGAGUCAGUUAAGGAGGCGUCGUUUUUGGGUGCGGCCACUCCAUCUUCCCUAUCCCCAACCCACCGCCUAGGAUCGGGCUCUCUCCGCCUACAAAACUCCUACAACCAGUCGAAAUUCAUACCGACACAUCGAAAAUGCCGAUCUCUAGGCUCUAAUAUAUUCGGCAAAGGUCACUGCGAAGACAAGGACGAGAAGACUCCGGCUGGCUCUGUCAAUUUACUGGACGAUACGCUGCUCGAAUCUCCCAGCUCAGUUGCCAGUUACAGAAUGACUAAGUCCAUACCAUAUUGCGACCUAGCGCACACUGAGCCGUUAGAGUGCGAUUUCCAAAGCUACGUACGUCGGAAAACCGUAGUGAAAGAAGGCCGGAAAAUAUCUCUAUCCUCGUGGCAACGGUACUGGCUGCAGAUGUCCAGCAAUAUACUCAUAUUCUACGGAUCCAAGUCUUUUAAAGGGACGUCUCGGUCGGACUUCAGCAAGGAGCGAUGCAAGGUCCUGACUCUGCACGACGGCUGGCGCGCCGUGUGGCUGGACCGCGACGCGUCGGACGCGUUCCAGCUGAUCAACAGACAUGCCGGCACCGUCUACAAGUUCAAGACUGGAUCCGAAGGUACGGCGAAGCAGUGGGCCACUUUAAUCAACGACGUCACGAGCAAAAUGGUGAAGCCGCUACCCGCUAAUCUCAUGUCAUUCGAAUGAACCAACGAACAUAUGUGAUCAUUAACUAUGUGUUCUUCGGUAACGACUUUUGCUACAUUUACGAUUCGACUUUUAAGUCUUUUGUAGUAAAUAAUCUCUUUUUACAUGGGGCGCGUUCGUUUUAUCGGAAUUUUAAACUGAGAUAUCAGACAGAGCGGUCACGCGGUCAGUUUUGCGUUCUUUGUG